UGGGACAUGAACAGAAAUAUAUUCUAAAGUCAACAAGUAUUUUGUUACUAUUUUCAUUAUUUGUUAAAAUCUUAGGACUGAAUUUUAUUCCGUUUCAUGAGGAAUUGGAAAUAGCAUGCAACUCAUCACAUGAAGAUAAUAACUCUACCCUGUGGUAUAAUAUAAAUAAUGAUUGGUAUUUCAACUUCAACAAAUGUGCAAGUAAACUUGUGGUUCCUCAUACUGGAGUAUUUGCAUGUAAAACAGAAAACAAGUGCAGUACUAAAAACAUGUAUGAUAAACCUUGUGACUUGCACUAUAUGUUUACUACACAAUCAAAAACUGAUGACAAUAAGGAUAUAAAUACUAGCAUUAUUAUUCUGAAUGAGAAUCAAACUGUCACUCUGUCUUGUGAGUUUAACAAGAGUAAUUUAAAAUUUGUUCAAUUUUGGAUAUCAGAUAAUUCCAACUACGGAAGGCAAUGUUUAUCUUCAGUGGCACUUGAUGAGUCAUAUGAUAUUAAAUUUAAUAAGCAUUGCUGUGUUUCAAAGACAAUACAAGAUAGGAUCAAUGUGUGGAAUGGCUCGUCAUUCAAUGAUAAAGUACAGAAACACUACUUAGAGUUAAAAAACGUUACAGCCUCUGAUAGUGGGAGGUACUUGUGUUUCAUCAUCUAUCAAAAUAACCUGACACUUGUAAGUAACACAACACUUCAAGUACAUGAAACUCAUGGUGCCACUCCCAUGCCAGUCUUGUAUAUUAUUCGUGGAACUGUGGGAGGAGUCUUCAUUGGUAUAAUGAUUUUGGUGGUGUACUUUGUCCGUGUUAAAGGAAAAAAGAAGCAAAAAAAAUAUAGUGACUCAGAUGCAACAGAACUGCAGGGUGAUGAAUAGAUUAUGGAUACAUGAAGAUUAGAAUCAUGCCUCACAUUUAUUCUUCCAAAGAGCACUGGAAUUCAUGAAGUAUUUCACAGAUCUGCUGUCUGAACAGAAACAAAAGGAUUAUGAAAUAAAUCAACUGUGGCCUGAUUUUCUAGCUAUUAAGGGGAUAUCCCAAAAUAUAUCUGGAAACACCUAAGUUUUCCUAUAAAAAGCUUCACACCAUAUUGAUAUUGCAAACUAGGGCGCUUAUUGUAAUGAAAAAUAUUCAGACAUAUUUGUAUUAUGUGCAGGACAAAUUCUGACACUCCCAUACUAAGGAACAGUACCAUAUUCCCUGUAUAAGGCACUGGUGUGUAUAAUAUGGAAAGCUCUUUUGAUGAACUUCAGACUUUUUUUGCCUUCACAGCACCAUCUUGACUACUCCAGCUAAUGGCCUUUUUGAAAUUAUUAAUUUAAUCAAUUUAUAUUACUUUAUGACAAAACAGUGCAGUGUUAAAUCUUUUCAAAGUACUGCCUGUUGAAUUAGUUACCGGAAAAUGAAACAGCUGGUGAUUACAAGAUGUUUAACAAUCUUGUAAGCACAUAAUGGAGUAUGAAAAUUCUCUGGAAACACUGACACUUUGAUGCAAUUUGUAAUGGUCUGGAUUCCUUCCCCAAUGCUUAAUCUGGACUUGUUAAUGGAGUACACAUAGUAACGUUUGUAUUGCUUUUGUAAUGCCCUUUUAAAAGCUUUUUUCUCAUAUAUCCUUGCUGAGUCUUGUUAGGAAUUAAAUGAACUUCUAAAUUACUUAAACAAUAAUUGGCUUGUGAAGUCUAAAAUAUAAGCCCACAAUUUUUCAGGAAUAAAUUACUAAGAAAGUUUUUAAAUAAUUAACAAAAGUAUAUGCAUUUUUGACUACCCAAUAAAUCAUGUAUUACUGUAUAAUCUAAAA